AUGAAAAACUUUAUUGGAAGGGCCCCUUCGUCCAAAAAAGUUUAAUCAUAUCCAAUAACUUUGUUGGAUGGUACAAGUUCAAUGAAUUUUGAAUACGAUGAGAUUUUGAAGGCUCACAAAAAAAAUUUCGAUGACCUCAACGACUAACAAUUAAAAAUUCAAUUCACAGAAGACGUCCAUGAUUUUGAGCCUUUUAUGGCAGCUGGGUCAGGUGACAUUACUAAAGCAUUCAAAUAUGUUUUAAACAAAUUGUUGUCUGAAUAGUUUCCAUAACAUAUAGUAAUUAUCUUUAUAAGUGAUGGCGAUGAAAAAUUCGUUUUGGAUGAACUUGAAGACCUGAUUAAAAAAAUUAAGGAAAGAAAUUAUUAAAUUUAAUUUGUUUCAAUAUCAAUAGGAAAAUGGUUUCCAAAUACAAUCUCAAAUCAAUUGAGAGCAAAACUUCAUAAUACAGAAUUUAUUGAACCUAUUUAUCAUCAUGAUAAAAACCCAGAACGCACAGAGGAAGAAAUGUUUAAUUUUUUUGACAUCACUUUUCAAACUAUUAGAUCUUAAUCUUUAGUGUACUAAGACAUAUUGGAGACAGAUAAGGAAGUAAAAUUGACAUUAAUUUCUAAUCCUUAAAAUACCUUACCUGCUGGAGCACUAUUUGUUUCUGAAGAGUAAGUUUGCAUCAAUGGUUAACCAAUCGAAACUUCAAAUGAUAUAAGAGAUAAGAAAGAAAUAUUAGUGAAAUCUGCUCAAUAGGCAUUGAUCUUAUUUGCAAGUGAUGUUGAUGAAAAAGCAUUAGAAAAUUUUUAAACAAUUAAGGAUUUUUCUGAUGAAGUAGUAAAUGAAGCGAAAUAAAACAAUCAAAAUUAGGGAUAGACAGAACAGGAGUAAAAGCUUGACAUUCAGUUUAAUAAUGUUGUGCGAAUCGUUAACUAAUUUGCAGAUGGAGAUGUUGAUAUAGAUCAAUGCACUCCCAAUACUUUAACAGAUUUAUAAGCUAAAUUAGCAGAUCCUAAUGCUUCUGCUAGUAUUUAACUGAUAUCACAAUAGAUAUCAAUUAGUGAUAAUGGAAAAGAAUUAGAACCUGACAAUAUUAAUGCAAUACAAAAGAAAAAAUUAAAAAAUGUUGGGUGUUAUGCUAGAGCCCAAGCUAAAAGGAAAUAGAUUCAAUAAUUAGAAUAAACUUAUGAGUCUGCAUAAAUCACAAUGGCCAAAGAAAUCAUAAUUAAUGGAUUAAAAAAAUAUAAGUCGUUAUUCACUCAAAAUUAAAAAUAGCAAGAUGUUCGUGAAAUUCUUAUUGAAUACUAUAAAUCCACUCUUAUUGAGCUUGAUUCAGUUUUUGAAAGAGUCUAAUUGGCUAAUGUCGAUGAAGAAUCAUAUGAUCUAUUAAAGGAGCUAAAUCUGAUGAUGAAGGAAAUUGAUUCAGUUAGACACAUUAAGAAAGCCUUGCCUCCAAUGGAAGCUAAUAAAAUUCUUGAUAAUGUAUUAGUUCAUGCAGGCAUUGGCAUAUAAUAAUCUAUGGCAAUUCCAGAGAUCAAUGAUGAAUUUGAUUUUCUCCCUGAGUCACUUAAAUCUCAAAUUAGACCAGAAAAUGAUGACAGGGAGAAUUUUGUCGUUGCCAUUUUUGACAACAAUGACUCUAUGAAAAAUGAAAUAGAUUCAGCUAUUAAGAAUUUUAAUUAAGAAUUCCCUUAAAAAACCAUUAAGUUAUUUUGGUAAAACACAAAAUUUUCUUUAUUUGAUUCCCAAUAAUAAUAUACAAGCUUAGUUGAUAUAUUUAAUGAGUUUGAAUAGAAGAACUAUGCUUUGAAGACUAAAAAAAUCUGUAUCUGUUUGAUCACUGAUGGUUUGAAUGAUUAUGCUAAAUUGCAUAAACAACUGAAAAACCUUAAGCCAAAUAGAUAUCUCAUUAAACUAUCAUAUGUUACUAUAGGUUCAUCUUUUCACUUUUAAAUAACCAAUGAGCUAGAUAGAAUGAUGUAGAGCAGGAAUCUUAAAGGUAGACCUUUAGUAUUAAAUGUGCCAAGGUAGAAGACUGUUGGAAAUCUUAAAGGCUAAAUAUCUUAAUUAACCAAUUCUACAACAGCUCUCAAUAUAGAUUCUCAUUUUGCAAAGCGAUUCUAGGAUUUGAGAAAUCAUCUCUUCCCUUAAGUCUAAGUUGAGAAGCAUUAAUGGAAUAACAAAAGUUAGAUAUAUUGA